AUCGAAGAUUUUUCAGAGGAAUGGUUUGAAUCACAUUUUCAAAGGGUGUUUAGGGGUAUAGAGAGGGGAAAGAAGUCAUUAUUCCUAGGAUAAGGGGAUUUGUUGUAAUCAGAGGCUCCAUUUUUGUUCAGAUUGAAGGGACAAAAGAGAUGAAGGCAGCAAUAGAGGCAAUGAAUGGUUCACUAUUCAGAGGAAGAAAGCUUCUAGUGAAUAGGGCUAGUUACAGCCCAGAGAUAAUUAAUCAGAUUAAUCAGUAAAAGAUUCAGGGAAAGGGAACGGAAAAGGAGGGAAUGAUCGAGUCUCAGCCAUCGGGGAAGAGCUCUCUAAAGGAGAUCGACAAGGAAGAGGAGAGAGAAGAGGAAGUUUCUCAGUGUUCAUCGAUCACCAGAUGGAAGGUAUAUGAUGGCCCUAUUUGUAAAUAUCUUUCAAUAUUUACCAGAUGGACUCUCAUGAGAAUUCUACGUUUCAUAAGACUGAUCAUGUCAGACGGGAACCCUCUCUAUUUCGGCAGAGGGUCAGAGGCUUUGGACUACUUCUCCAGCAUCAAUCACACUCCCUCAGUCGCCACGAAUCCUUCUGAUUUCCUUCUCGACCUUGUGAAUGGUAUAUCUGGUGAUGAUGUGGAGGAGAAUAGGGCAGCUGUGAAGGAAGAAUUGGCUGCUUCCUAUAGGAGUAACAUUGCUGAGAAGCUGAAAAGGGAGCUUAAAGGGAUUAAAUUCAAGGGGGAGAGAGCGUAAAUGAUAAAAAGAUGGGGAGAUGGACAACAUCAUGGUGGGACCAGUUCACAGUCAUGAUGAGGAGGGGUGUGAAAGAAAGCAAACAUGAGGUGUUCUCCCCCCUCAAGUUUGGCCAAGUAAUAGUGGUCGCUUUGCUUGCAGGUCUUUUA